AAGGAAAUCAAAAGACAGAAAUGUGGCCACCACACGGCCUUUGAUCAAAUAAAUAAUCCCUCUUGUAACAUUAAAAAAUAAUAAGAAAAAAGGCAAAAGGAAAUUAGCAAAACCAGAUGGUCUAGUCUAUAAAUAAAGUUGUAUUGAGCAGCUGAGGAAUCAUAAUUACGUGCACAUUUACAACUAAUUAGCACGAAAUAUCACUCAACAUGGCUUUAAGUACUAAGCUUUUCACUGUCGUUGCUUUAUCUCUUUUGAUUCUUAGCCCUUUGGACGUUGCAAAAGCUCAACCCAUAGCAGCCGGACUUUCUUGGUCUUUCUAUGCUAGAAGCUGCCCUAAUGUGGAAUCCAUUAUUAGAAACCGACUCGAGAGAGUGUUUAGAGACGACGUCGGCCAAGCUGCUGGAAUCCUUCGCCUUCAUUUCCAUGAUUGCUUCGUUCAGGGUUGCGAUGGUUCGGUUUUGCUGGAUGGAUCGUCUAGCGGGCCGAGUGAGAAGAGCGCGGUUCCAAACUUGACAUUGCGAGCUCAAGCCUUCACAAUCAUCAACGACCUCCGAAGGCGGGUGCACCGGGAGUGUGGUCAGGUUGUGUCUUGCUCUGAUAUUGUGGCUUUGGCUGCCCGGGACGCUGUUGUCUUGACUGGAGGUCCUAAUUACAAUGUUCCGUUAGGAAGAAGAGAUGGUCUCAAUUUUGCAACACAAAAUGCAACUAUAGACAACCUUGUUGCACCAUUUGCUAACACAACCACCGUCCUAAACAAACUUGCAGUCAAGAACUUGGAUGCAACUGAUGCCGUUGCUCUUUCUGGUGCCCAUACCAUUGGAAUUGCUCAUUGCAGUUCAUUCACCGACCGGCUUUACCCGAAUAGAGAUCCCACAAUGGACCAAACCUUUGCUAACAACCUUAGAACAACUUGUCCAACUCCAAAUACCAAUGCAACCACUAACAUGGAUAUUAGGAGCCCUAACAUUUUUGAUAACAGGUACUUUGUUGAUCUCAUGAACCGACAAGGGUUGUUCACGUCAGACCAGGACUUGUAUACAGAUAGUCGGACGAGAGGAAUUGUCACAAGUUUUGCGAUCAACCAAACAUUGUUUUUUGAGAGGUUUGUUAUAGCAAUGUUGAAAAUGGGCCAACUGAACGUGUUGACUGGCAAUCGUGGUGAAAUUCGAGCUAACUGCUCAGCUAGGAAUAUCAACAACUUGUUUAUUUCUUCUGUGGUGGAAGAUGAAGGGCCACAAACAUCACAGUUUUAGUGUGUUUUUGUGAGAAUGAAAAAAAAUAAAUAAACUUAAAACCCAUUUCAUGAAUGUCUUAGUUGUGAAACUUUGUACUGCUGUUUUGUUUGCUACGCAAGAACUUGGUUGUGAUGGAAUUUGCCAAUCUUAUUGUAAUAUUUCUAAUAAAUUUUACUUUAAUAUAAGUAAACGCCUUAGAAGAGAUUAUAGUUACACUAAUCAUGAUGGCUCUUCUUUGCUUCGUUUAAAUACUUUUCGAUAAAAAGAAAGAUACCAUUAUAUGUUACACAUUUUGUUCCCCCCCCCCUCCCCCCCC